UAAUCAGGAUGAGGUGAAAUGUUCCUUCAGUCAUGUCCCGGUCCUUGUUGAUGCCCCCGAGGGUUGGAGCUUCUCACCCUCUCCUGCACCGGCGCCUCCUGGUGGCCGAGGGACAGGGGGCGGAGCUAGCCAAGAAGCUGGGUGUCGCCAGAGAUGAGCUCGGGAUGGAGUUUACGGGCGGCUCACGAUCAGAGGCUCUGGUGGCAAGAGUGUGUCGCCUCGAGAGUCUGUUACACACGCUGAGGCUGAGCGUCUUCCGCAUCGAGACGGCCAGAGAGCUCAACUCGUCCCAUACAGCACGUCUGCAGGAGCAGCUAGCGUCUCUCCAGGAGCAGUGUGAUGAGGAGCGGCACUCCUCACAGAGGGAGGCGAUGCGUCUGAGGGAUCAGCUGCAGCGGGAGAGGGAGGAGGCGCAGAGGGAGGCGCACACACUGCGGGAUCAACUGCGCGUCUCACACACCGCUCAAACGGACGUCGCUUUAGCAGCAGACGAGCUGAAGAAGGUCAAAGCUCAGCUGAGCCGGAAACUCCAACAGAUGAAGGAGGACCUGGCGCGGGAGACAUCGUCCCGUCUGGAGGCUGAGCAAGCCCAUGAUGCACUGCUUCGGAGAGUGAAGGAGCUGGAAGGGGAGGUGGAGAAAGAGAAAGAACAUGUGAAGCGUCUUAAAGCCGACUGCCACGCCCUGAGUGUUGACGGACAGGAGGUGAGGGCGGAGCUAGAGGAGAAGGUGGAGCUUAUACAGAGUUUGGAGGAGGAAUGUCAGCAGCUGAGGCAGCAGAUAGAGGAGAAGGACAUUCUUGCAUCAGAUUUAUGUGCAGAGAUGAAGAGUAUGAGGAGAACACUACAGCAGCAGCAGCAGGAGAACAGUACACUCCUCAGGGGCAGAGAAGAACUGAAAGUAGCGACAAACAAAGUUCAGGCACUGAAUGAUCAGUUAGAAGCUCAGUGCUCUGAUCUGAGUUCAGCUCUUCGUUCCCUCACCGAGGAGAAAGCGCAGCUACAGGCCAGUCUGAAGGUGGAGCAGGAGCACCAUGCACAGCAUGUGAAUGACAUGGACCUGCAGUUAGACACGGCCAAGAGAAACAUGCAGCAUGAAGUGCAGGAAGCUCUGGCAGAUAGACGCCUGCUACAGAAAGAACUGGACACUCUGAGGGUGGACCAUACCAAACUGCAGCAGAGCUCAGCCGCCGCCCUGGACGCAGCUGCCAGUCAUCACGAGCUGCUGGAGCGAACCAUCAGACGCCUGCGGGGGGAGCUGAGGAGCGCAACGAAGGAGCGAGAGGCCAUGCAGAAAGGGAGGGAGGAGGUGUGUACAGAGUUGGAAUGUUUGAGCACAAACUCAAAAAGUCUGCAGGAGCAACUCAAACAGCUACAGGAGGAGUUACAGGUGAAAGAGUGCCAGUUGUGUGUGUUGCGUUCAGAGACAGAAUACAUUCAGCGAGAGAACCUCAGGUUGAAAAAUCAGCUGCAAAACACACACAUGAAGUCCGAGACUCCACAAACUAAACUGGGAGACAAACUGGACGAGCUACACACACUCGGGAGUCACAGUGAGGCGGAGCUACACAAAGCAAAACAAGAGAUUAACCAGUUAACAAAGCAAGUUUAUGAACUCCAGAGAGCAAAGCAUCAUGGGAGGAAUUCAGCUCAGCUGGAGAUACGUGAGUUGAAGAAAGCUCUCCAUGAUGUGUCGUCCAGGUCAUGUGACCUGUCGCGAACCAAUCGGAAACUUCAGAAAAAAGUGUGUGAACUGGAGAACCUCGUGUCUAAUCAGAACGCUCGAAAUAAAGCCCAGACGCUUCAGCUAAAGCAGAGAAACCAGCACAAAGAGAUCAACGUGGCUAGGGCUCAGUCGCUGGAGCAGCUGCGUUUCGAUGUUGCGUCUCUGCAGGCCGAACUGCUCGAUCUCUCCUCCAGCCAGCAGGAGGCGCUACAGGCAGAAAGAUGCCUCACACACACACUGCAGGAGAAAUGCGAAACGCUGGUAGAGUGUGUGGUGAAGCUGAAAGAGGAAAAGAAUGAAGCUGAACAGAAGAUGACGGAGGUCCGGCUCGCGUCACAGCAGAUCUCUGAGAACCUGCAGGAGGCGCACAGCUGGUUCCGCUCCAAAUUCGACAGCUUGAGAUGCGGAUUGGGACACGACCGCGCCCCGCUACAAGAGCAAACCAGGGACUCCAGAGGCAACAGAAAUGAGACUUCACCGGUGCACGAUCCCCGCGAGGUGGUGUGUGUGGCUGAGCCGGAGCUGGAACGCUGGGCGUCUACACUACAGCGCUGGGAAAUGAAGAAAGAGCUGGACCGCGUAGCUAACAGCUGCACAGCUGCAGCUCGAGCACACUCGCUGACAUAGCGCGCGCACACACACUCAGGAAUAUAGAAACACAAGAAGGCCAAAUUUUUCCUCAGGAUCUUUUAUUUAUUUAUUUAUCGUUGAAAACUGAUGAAAAAUUUAUUUUAUGAAACUAUAUGACACUUUUGUUGCUAAUUCAAUUAUGAGUAUAUUUAGUUAGACAUAAACAGUAAGCAUAU